AUGGUACGCAGGGUACCAUGGGGCCCCUGCCACUCCCGCAAACCUGCAGGCCUUGGGCCUCGCACCUCUGGUCUCUGGCCCCCUGCCGGUCCUCUGGCUCCCCGGCCUCCUGUCGCCGCGCUCAGCCCCGAUCUCCCCGUCGCCUGCAUCUCCUGUCGGCGGCCUCCCUGCGAUCGCCGCUUCCCGACCCCUGCGCUCAGCCCUAGCCUGCUCCACUCCCUAGCCACCACCUGUAGCCAGCUGCCCCAGCAGCCCCCGCUCAAUUUUUUUCGGCCGACCACUGCCCAACCACCAAGCCGCCACCCACUAGCCACCGGACCUCCUUUCUCGGCCUUUUUCAGGGGGGGUGUCGUACGACACCUGCAGGCCAGUCAGGCCAGUCCCACAGGCCCCACUGACCCUCCGAACACCUUGGCCCCGUCGGCUACAAACUCCGACGACCAGCCCGUCGGCUCCGGCAGCCCCCGCCAGCGUCCGGCCCAGUGUCGCCACCUCUCCGGGCCCGCGCCACCGCCGCUCCCGACCGCACCACCUCCGCUCCGCUUAGGGGUGCACCACCUCUGCUUGGCCCAAUCUCCUCCUCCACCUGGCCAGCACUCUGCUCAGCCUAGGCCGCACCACCUCCGCCCAGCCUGA